CGGCCAGGAAUAUGCUGGCAUCGUCGUCUCGCAAUUCACUGAGAUGCUCCAAGAUUGCCCCGAGCGCCGCGCGGUCGCUUUCGAACAAGCCACCAGCAUGCGUCUCGCAUAGCAAGAGAUAUGCAUCCUUUCAGCCGAUGCAACGGCGCUCUGCAUAUGAUAUGCCCUCACUUUCUGCCCAUGAUAUGACAUACUCUAAAAAGCUGGAUACCGCCUACCGGCCUCCCAGCUCGCAGGGUACCACGCUCGCUCGUCUUAACAUGGAGCUCGGUCAGCUAGUGCAACAGAAGAAGGCAUCGGAAGUUUUUGCUAUGGCUAAACGCAUGAAGGAGCAGGGUAUCAAGCCGAACUAUGCCACCUACGAGCUGCUGCUGGAGACCUGCAAGGAUGCUGCCCUCGUGACCGAGUCCAUGGCAGUCUUCGAGGACAUGCUGGCUAACGACAUUGUGCCGCAGAGGUCGGCGUUCCAUCAUUUGCUAUAUUCCGUCCGCUACGAGUCCAUAGACAUGGUUUGGAGAGUCUGGAACCUCAUGCUAGCAAAUGGCAUCCAACCCAGCGAAUUCACCUACGAGCUCCUCAUCUUGUAUUUGACACGACAAGGCUAUUUCGAGCUUGCUCUGCAGAAGCUGUCCGAGAUGGGCGACAUUGACUUGAGGCCGACACUGAAGACCGCACAAAGUAUCGUCAUCUUGGCCUGUGAACUCGGGCACCCUCGCCUGGCCGUCGAACUUGCGGAAUCAUUUGAGCAUUCAUCGGUACGGCGCCUUGAUGGUGUGGUUUGGGUGAAAUGCCUUAUUACCUCUUCCGAGGCACUCUAUGCGGAUGGCGUCUUGACAUCUUGGGAUCAGGUUGUAAGGAAGCUGAAGAUUACCCCAGAUGAAGGCUGUUGCAUCAAUGUCCUACACACCGCCGGCAGGCAUGGUCUUUCAUCGCUUGCACCAGACGUCAUCAAGGCUCUGCAGAGCCUCAAUGUUGAGUGGGCGGAGCAUCACUUUGCGCCUGUCGUCGAAGCAUUCUGCCGGGACGGCGACGUCAAAGAGGCCUUCGGCGUUCUGGAGCUCAUGCGCAACAACGACGUGCCACCGACUCUGGAAACUGCCUCUCCCAUCUAUGAAGUUAUCAGUGGUAGCGCGGAUAUCGUAGACGAAGCGUAUGGCAUGUUGGAGGACUUACGCAACGAAAAGCGUACCGUGGACGUUGCGGCCUUUAAUGUCGUCAUCCAGGCCUGCGUCGCCCUAAUGGACCUGCAACGUGCUCUUGGGACAUAUCAGGUCGCAGGAGACCUCGGCGUCACACCGAACAUCGACACUUACAACCUGCUUCUCUCUGCUUGCGUAUCGGCGGGCCACCGCCAGCUCGGUGACCGGUUGAUCAACGAUAUGCGCGAGGCGAGCGUUGCGCCGGACGCGUACACCUACGAGCGCCUCGUCUCGCUGUGCCUUACGCAACCGACAUACGAAGACGCGUUCUACUAUCUUGAGGAGAUGAAGACGCGCGGUAUCCGGCCGACGCAGUUGAUCUAUGAGUCGAUCAUUCGCAAGUGCUUCAGCCUCGGCGACACUCGGCACCAACUCGCUCUCGACGAGAUGAUCGAGCAAGGGUAUGAGCUCCACGGCAAGCUCAGGAACUUCCUCGAAGGCAACCAGGGGAAGUUUGAGCCCAAGACCAAGGGGUUUGCUCCAUUGAAGGCGAAAGUGGACCAGAGACGUGCGGCGAAGGGGAAUGAGAUGCAGGCGCAAGAUGCACAGAAGGCGCGGGAGGCGCAGGAGCAAUGGGAGGACCAAGCACAGGCGACACCGCCAUGAGAAUAGCUUGGUAUUGUCAGUAUACUAGACUUGUUUAUAAUGCUGAUAGAUGCAUAUCCAGCUCCAUUAUGUGCUUGAGUAGUCGUGGUGUCGUAUACGGUAUGGCAUAUUGAGAAGGAUC